AUGCAGCAGCAGCAGCAGCAGCAGCAGCAGCAGAAAGCAGCAUUAGCAGAAGCAGCAGCAGCAGCAGCAGCAGCAGAAAGCAGCAGCAGCAUUAGCAGAAGCAGCAGCAGCAAGAUGAGCGUGUACAAGGGCGCAGCAGCAAAGCGUGUCUUGGCGCCUUCCGCGCUGCUGCCUGCUGCUGCUGCAGUGGCUGUUGCUGCGCUCCCCUCAGCAGUGUCCUCCCCCCCCGCAGCAGCAGCAGCAGCAGCAGCAGCAGCAGCAGCAGCAGCAAUGCUGCUCGAGGACUGCUGGCCAAGCGACGCACUAGACCCCACAACUCUGGGAUCGAUCGAUCCCAUCCUGGGAUCGAUCGACUCCAGGUUUUCGUUUGCCCGCAGAAAGCCAACUGAAGAAUUUUCCUUUUCCAAUUCUGCUGCCAACUCCAUCUCAAGUGCCUCCAGCUGCAGCAGCAGCAGCAGCAGCAGAAGCAGCAGCAAGUGGAGGGAGCACUCCGGCGCGGAGCAGCAGCACCAGCACCAGCAACAGCAGCACAUGAGCAGCAGCAGCAGCACCGUCGCCAGAACUGCAGCAGCAGCAGCAGCAGCAGCAGCAGCAGCAGCAGCAGCAGCAGCAGCAAACAGCAGCAGCAGCAGCAAACAGCAGCAGCAGCAGCAGCAGCAGCAGCAGCAGCAGCAGCAGCAAACAGCAGCAGCAUUGCAGCAGCAUUGCAGCAGCAUUGCAGCAGCAUUGCAGCAGCAUUGCAGCAGCAUUGCAGCAGCAUUGCAGCAG